GUAAGACACUGACGUAAUCAUUGAGGUCAGAACAUGUCUGCGUUAGUUUCGUAUCCUUAUGAAAAAAAAGUUUCCGAAUGGGAAAAUUCAUCAGACAGUCCCCUCAAGUCGCAACACCAGUCGGGAAAAAUGUAGCCGGUUACGUCAUAUGACGCUGAAACAUGGCUGACGAAAGUAAAUAUCGUGUUGAUGUGAAAAGAAAAUGUCCAAAAUACAUAUCUGAACAGUGUUGUUGACCAAGUUCACUCCCUCAUCACAACACUACCUGACGGCUUGCUACCAGUCUACACCUAAGAUGAAUGGAAGUCCCAGCGACAGAAAAAAGGUCAGAAUAGCUGAUGGGCCAGUGAAAUUGCCAGGUCAGCAGUUUGUUAUAUUUCUCUUCCUGCAGUGCAAUGGAAAGACAGGUCCAGAUUACCUUACAUCAGUGUCAGACCUUGUGUCCAAAUUCAAAGGCGAGACUGCCGUCUUAAAGAAACCAGCUGGUGCCACACUGAAGAUAGCAGACCUUGAUGACACCAUUUACAAAAACAAGGAUAAAGUGGUGAAUGGGUGGGGGAAAUUCUACCUUCCUGAGGUGAUGAGCAUGCAGGUUGUAGGUUUAGUGGAGGGGACCUCGUGCCCGUGUGACCAGCUCGUUCUGAUGACCUGUGAGGACAGAAAGAUCUAUGCCUACGAUGGAGAGGAGCUGCAUGUGGUGGCUUCAAGCCUGAAGCAGCUGUGUGACAAGGGAAUAGAGUAUCCAGCAUCCAAGAGCUAUUACAGAGGGGAGGCCUUCAAGGAUAUGACAGAGAAGGAGUGGGGUAAAGUAAGGAGCAGUCCUGUGGGGAAGAGGCUGGAUGCAGAGCAUCGUGACCUGGUGAUGGCACAUAAAUCAAAAUUCCUGGAGAAUCUACAUGUCAUCGAGUCUGCAAGAGGUCAACACUCCCACUCUGGAUGGAGUAUGACUCCAGGAAAUAAGGGCGAGUGUAUAAAUUCGGCAGCAAGUUUUGGGGCGCCCUGUCAUUCUCCAAUGGAGACAGGAACUUUCCAUUGACGUACAUAAUGUUACAUAUUCCUAUCUCUUAUUCUCUCUCUAAAUUAUUAUGAAUAUUAUAAAUCACAUAUUUUUGAAUCAUAUUAUUUUAUUCUUUGAAUUUUAUUUUGAUUUGUUUUAUAUGAGACUAUAUUGUUUAUGUUUGUUUAUAAAUGUUUAAAAAUGUUAUGAAGAAGCUUUAAUGUGACCAAAUUUCUGUCCUUGGAUGAAUAAAGUCUAAUUUCAGGAUAAGCUUGUGAAUGGAAAAUAAUUAAUUGAAUAAAAAAAAACUCACUCCCA